UUUCUCCGCUCAGGUGUAACAAACCUGAAGACGUCAUCCACCUGCCAGAAGCUACCUGACAACUCCUCCACGUGACGUUGUUGUCCAUCCACGCAGAUUUAAGGAAACCGGCAAUUUUGUCUCGCGCUCCAGAACAACCAACAAACUUCGCCAAUCCGGUCGACCUUUAAGGGAUCUUCAGUUAUGGAUAAAUUAAAAUCAGUUUUAAGUGGUGAAGAGGCUCGCAGAGAUGACCGAACCGUUUUGGAGACUGUCAAUGAAGCCUCGACUCUGGGCUGGGGCACACGUGUGAAGGGAUUCAUCGCCUGUUUCGUGGUCGGAGCCGGGUUCACAGUUUUGGGAGUGGGAAUGCUCUGGAUCCCCAGGAUCGGGCUCACUAUCUUCAUUGUGUUUUACACUUUAGGAAACAUAUGUGCACUGGGGAGCACCAUGUUUCUGAUGGGGCCGAUGAAGCAGUUGAAAAGGAUGUGUGACAAAACAAGAGCGCUGGCCACCGCAAUUAUGAUUACUUGCCUUGUGUUGACUCUCUGUGCAGCCUUCUGGUGGAAGAACUUUGGACUGGCUUUGUUAUUUUGCAUCUUGCAAGUCUUGGCUUUUGCCUGGUACAGUCUGUCGUACAUACCAUUUAUGAGGGAGGCAAUAUUGAAGUUGUUUGCGGUGUGCAUGAAGUGAGCCCUGUCUUUGUUCGGAGGGUUCGGGCUGGAUGAAGUGUUUUUUGGAAAGGGGCAGGUCUCUUACUGAAGUUACUGAAACGGCCUCCUCGUGGCUGUGCUUCAGAGAGUCUGAGACUCUUCCUGGUUUAUCUCCAAAGGUCUUUCUUUUUCCUGUUUAUGCUUUGUUCAUUGAGCUGAUUGAUUUUUGGUAUGUAUUGAUUACUUAUACCAGUUUUAAUGAGUGUAGGAUAGGUUUGUAAUAUGUGUAAAUAUCUGUAAUAAAUGAAUGUAGUGUUGGUUUUGUAAAUGAA